ACCCCCCGCGAGAGUGAGGGGCGCACCCCCUCUUUGCCUCCACCAACCCCACUCCCUCCAUGGGCCCAAUCCGGAAGCCCAACGUGUGCCACCGGCUGCAUCGGCGGGCGCUGGGCUUCUUCUCGCGCGACGCAGGCGUGGUGCAGAGGACGAACCUGGGCAUCCUGCGCUCGCUGGUGUGCCAGGAAAGUACUAAAUUUAAGAAUGUUUGGACAACUCAUUCCAAAUCACCUAUAGCCUAUGAAAGAGGAAGAAUAUAUUUUGACAAUUAUCGGUGCUGUGUCAGCAGUGUUGCAUCAGAGCCAAGAAAACUUUAUGAAAUGCCAAAAUGUUCCAGUUCAGAAAAAAUAGAGGAUGCUUUAUUAUGGGAAUGUCCAGUGGGGGAUAUGCUGCCUAAUCCAUCAGAUUAUAAAUCCUCACUCAUAGCACUGACUGCCCACAAUUGGCUGCUUCGUAUAUCAACAACCACUGGAAAAGUCCUUGAAAAAAUAUAUCUUGCUUCAUAUUGCAAAUUCAGGUACUUGAGCUGGGAUACUCCUCAAGAAGUUGUUGCAGUCAAAUCAGCGCAGAACAAAAACUCAACUCUGGCCCGACAGGCAGGAAUUCAGCAGCCGGUUUUGCUGUACCUUGCAGUGUUUCGUGUUCUUCCUUUUUCACUCAUAGGGAUUCUGGAGAUCAACAAAAAAAUUUUUGGGAAUGUGACAGAUGCUUCCUUGUCUCAUGGAAUACUGAUCGUGAUGUACAGCUCGGGACUGGUCAGACUCUAUAGCUUCCAAGUCAUCAUGGAACAGUUCAUGCAACAGAAACUUGACUUAGGGUGUGCAUGCGGAUGGGGUGGGACUACUGGAACUGUAGGAGAGGCUCCUUUUGGCAUUCCUUGUAAUAUUAAAAUCACAGAUACGCCACCCCUCCUCUUUGAGGUGUCCUCCCUGGAGAACGCUUUUCAGAUCGGAGGACACCCCUGGCACUAUAUCAUCACGCCUAAUAAGAAGAAACAGAAAGGAGUUUUUCAUAUCUGUGCCCUAAAAGACAAUACCUUGGCAAAAAAUGGAAUUCAAGAAAUGGACUGUUGCUCUCUAGAAUCUGACUGGAUCUAUUUCCAUCCGGAUGCGUCUGGUAGAAUAAUUCAUGUUGGCCCAAAUCAGGUCAAAGUUUUAAAGCUAAAUGAAGUGGAAAAUAAUAGUGGCCAGCAUCAAGUCUCUGAAGAUUUUGUCAUUUUGGCCAACAGGGAGAAUAACAAAAGUGAAAACUUAGUCACUGUUACAUCUUCUGGACGGGUGGUAAAAAGGAAUUUUAACCUUCUUGAUGAUGACCCUGAACAAGAGACUUUCAAAAUCGUGGACUAUGAAGAUGAGUUGGAUUUGCUUUCUGUGGUGGCUGUUACUCAGAUAGAUACUGAAGGGAAAGCUCAUCUGGAUUUCCACUGUAAUGAAUAUGGAACUUUACUUAAAAGCAUUCCACUAGUAGAGUCAUGGGAUGUGACAUAUAGCCAUGAAGUAUAUUUUGACAGAGACUUGGUGCUACACAUAGAACAGAAACCCAGCAGAGUCUUCAGCUGCUAUGUCUACCAGAUGGUAUGUGACCCUGGGGAAGAAGAAGAAACCACAAACAGAAGCUGUGACAAAAAAUGAGAUUUUCACUAAUUUUAAAAUUUUCAGAUGUAGUUCAGAAGACUUUCAGCCAAACACCUUGGCAAUUUUGUCGUGUUGUCUUUUUUUACCCUCUGCAUAUUAAAUUCUCCAAUAUUUUCCAGUAGAGGUAUUGCGUUGGCUCCAAAUGACUGUGACUUCUUUUCUUAGACUCUAGUCAGAGAAGGUUGUGACAAAAGAAGUCUUUGAUUCCAGAACUUUUAGCCAGUUGGCAGUGCAAAUCUAAAAUUUGCAAAUCUGGGGAGAAGAAAAGUAAGAACCAGUUAAUUCCAGUUGCUGGAGAGAGAAAUAUUGAUGAGAAGGUGUUCAGCCUGGUUCUUAAAAUAUGGUCUGGAGUAUUGAUUGCCAAGACCAAAAAAAGUAGAAAGAAAAAUACUGAAUUUUUGUUCAUGGAUAUAAAAUGUUAUCUCUAAUGUGAAAGCUUGAAAGGUUUUUAAGAAAAAUUAUAUUUGUAUAUAUGUGUUGUUUUGGUGUAUAUUAUCAGUAAUUGACUUUUGUUCUUUUUAUUUUUUAAACCAUGUUUUUAUUAUUAUUACAAUAUCAUGAUUUGCAAAGUUAUUCACAGUACUGUUGUUCCAGGCAUGCAGUGUUCCAACACUAAUUCCACUACAGUGUGACCUUUCCUCCACCAGUGUUCCUAAUUUCCCUCCCACCCCCAAGCCUCCACCCUU